AUGCAGGGCUCUGCAUCCUACCCUGCUGCUCUUGGGAGCAGCAAAUGGAUCGCGAGCUUCCUAGCUAGGCACCGAUAUGACGACGGCAUCUACGCCCGUACUUCUACCAGACCUUCUUCGCCGCAAGAAGUCAAAUUCCGUGACUUUGUCAAGAAGAGUAAAGCUGAGCUGAAAAAUGUAUUCUCUGCGAAUGAAAAGAAAAAGUCCGAGGCGGGCGCCGAUGAACGACGCAACGCGAACGACACCGGCCCAGAACGAAAGAACAAGAAACUAUCCUGGGCAAAAAUAUUCGAUACAAAGUCAGGAAACAAGCUUCAUAAGCGAGCAAAGUCCGCUCCGGGUGACAUUCACGUCCCACAUCAGCUUGAUCCUAUCACCGAAGUCGGUGAAAGUAGGGAGACACAAGCCGACCUCGUAUCUGCCAACACUUCAUCACGAAAGCCUGUUGGCGAGAACCAUCAGUGCUCUACUAGUCGUCAGACGGACGGCGACGACGUGUCUGUUUUGACAACAUGCACAACUAUAAUCCAGCAAGCUAACCUUCAGGGCGUCUCUGAAGGAAACGCCCGCGAUGCCGCUACCAACGAUGAAAGCACCGCGAUCGGCGGGCGAAACUGUACAUCCAACCCAUCAACGCAUCUCAGCAGUGGAAACUCAAACAACACUGAAGACGAAUAUCCUUCUCAAGAAGAAAGCGACAACACAUCAGAUGGCUGUGAAAAGGAUGUUCGACCGGAAGAGAAUGCUCGACCGGAAGAGAAUGCUCGACAGGAGGAGACUGCUCGACAGGAGGAGAAUGUUCUACAGGACGAGAACCCUGGGCAAGAACAGAUAAACAACAAAGAUCUCACGAGUAAAUCGUCGUCAAAAUUUUCAUUGAGAUCUGUCUUGAGUAUGUUCAUGGGCAGCGACGGGUCUGAUGAAGAAGCAAAAGCCAAGAGUGAUGGGACCAGAAAGUUGAAACGCAAGGGCCGACUAUCUCCUCGAUUGAGAACAUUGCUGAUUGGAAAGACCAAGUCGGAGUCUUCUACCAAGAGCCAUUCCCAAUCCUCCUCGCAAGAUCUCAGCCAGAGUGAUGCGCAACUUGCCAAUCAAAUUGUCGAGCAGGAUAGAACAUUCAAGGGCCUUGAUUGGAAGCUUCCAGUUGGGCAAAACGAAAUGGGCCAGCUUAUUCGAGAGUUCUCUGGCGACCUCAACACUGCCACGCAGGAAAUGGUUCACAAGACCCCUGUUUCCCCAAAGACUCCAAGCCUCCAGUCAUAUCCGUCAAAGUUUGAUGUUUCGAUGGACCAAAAUCUCCUCCCUCGGCCUGCAAUGGCUCCGGCCUUAUAUUCUCACGACCAAGGCCACAACCAACAAGUGCGCAAUGAACCCACUAGCAAAGACGCUCUGGUUGCUAAGGCAGUUCACAUGGAGAACAAACAGGCGCAGCUUGUUGAAAUCAAGACUCGAUCUGACCGAACCAUGAACCAAGAUACUCGUGGUGACGCCAACCAGAAUCAAGUUGCGCAAGAAGUUGGCCGAUCAGGCAAAGAACCAGUCGAGCGUGAUACAACCAACGACGUUCACCCACCACGGACCUGGCAGCACGGAGGAGACCCUGCAGAGGUCGAGACUGUUGAAGAGGCAUAUGCCCGCCACCGAAGUUCUCUUGCAGUUGUUGAUCGAAUUCGUAGCGUAGGGCUGCUUGGACCAAACGUCGAUGAAACGAAAUCGAUCGCCGCAGACGAACCGAAAGAGUUGGACGAACAGCGAUUGCUGCGAGAGAUGAAGGAGGACUUUGAGCUCCCGCCCCAUAAAGUCGCCUUCAAUGAAUCUUUGGUCGCCGCCACGAACAACUCUCAAGUUAUCCCGAGUAUCGAGCAUCAGAACACUAACCUUAGGUGCGAGGGGCAGAAGACCCCAGAACCAAAGGUUGAGCAGACUGACGAUGCCAGUGACCAAACUGAGUUGAUCCUGACAAGAGCCAGAAGCUCGGACAGAUUCGUCCCUGAGGGAUUGUAUUACCAAGAAUCAGGAUUUGAGGAGGAGGAACUCCCAGAGGACUUUACUCCGGGACAACCAGCCACGGAGGCUUUGAUGAAGGAGCUCGAGAUAGAGAGGCUUGGCGGAUUUUUCACAACCCUUCAGAACGUCCGGAACGAAAGCCUUGAGCAAUUGAUUGACUUACUAAAUCGCAUAGCUGCUCGCGAUCCUAGAGCUGUAGUCACUUGGCGAGAUGAAGUUGCCGAGUUGACCUCGAACGGCGGGAUGAUUCGUAACGACAAAGCAGAACAGCUGUACCAACCAGCUCCUUCAACUGCCGGGAGUGAUGGAGCAUUGUCUGCCAUGAAUUACAAGCCAAGUCGUGCUGAAGUCAAAGCCGCCCUCGCGCACCCAGAAGCGCCCGUCAUUCAGGGCUGUAAGCCACGAAGGGUUCUCACCGAAUGCGACCGUAUCCAGGAAUGUAUUCACAUAGAUUCCCUGGCAAAGAACAAAUACACCUCUCAGAUGCAACCGGCUAUGUCCCGAUACGAAAUCAUCCUCGACGAGUGGGAUCGAGCAGAUGCAGUAGCCUGCAUACACAAGCACAACCAGCAGCAGAAGCUGAAGCAACAAGAGGAAGAGAGCGAGGAGGCAGCUCGUCGCCGACGCCUCAAGAUCUACCGAUCUGUGGAAAGACACAUCGUCAAGGGCCGGCGCCUUGCGGUCAAAAUCAAUCGCGAGGCGACCGCCGCCUUUCAAAUGUGCGAGUACUUGGAUGAAGAGUACGAGAGGUUGAGGGGGCAAAUUCUCCGUUAUGCCGAAGAUUGUGGCCAUGAGCCCAUUGACAACCUGCAACACGCCGUCGAUCUCAUCCGAAAAACGCAGCAGGAAGAGGAAAUCACGUACCGCAAGUAUGAGGGGUGUGAGUCUGCGGAUCCUGAGAGCCCCGAAUCCGUGGUGGCUGCUCACUAUGGUCGCGAUUAUCAUGAAAUCGCUGGUAACCAUGUCGAUAAGACCGUUGAUCCAGCCAACGAGUUCUUUUGAUCUCCUACCAACAGAAAUGGGAGACGACAAAGCAGAGAAAAGGUGAAAAAAAGAAAGAAAGAAAGAAA